AUGAAGGUUCAUUUUCAAGAAGAAACACUUACGAACAUUCUCAGCAGGCUACCUGUGCGGUCUCUUCUUCGGUUCAAAUGUGUUUCAAAAUAUUUGAAAGUGUUAAUCAAUGAACCGUUAUUUAGGCAGCAACAUCUCAAUCAUGCCAAGAAUGACCAAAAUUCUCAAAAGUUUCUCUUUUAUAAAAAGCCAUCUCUGUAUGAUAUAUAUUCCAUAUCUUGUUGUCCUUUAUCGUUGGAUCAACAACAGGUUGGGAAUAUACGGGAACUGGAUUGGCCUUUAAAUCUUAGACCAGAAUAUUGCAAUGUCUAUUGUUGUUGCGAUGGCUUGGUUAUUAUCGAGGUUUGUGAAAAUUCUAUUGGACCUUGCUCACUUUUGCUAUGGAAUCCCACCACGGGAGAAUCAAUUGAACUUCCAUCUUCAAAAUUUUUAGUGAAGGGAUCUUUUUGUUAUGGAAUGAGUUUCGACUCAACUAAUGAUGAUUAUAAGAUCCUUAGGAUUCCCGUGGACUGGAAUGAAUGUAUCAGAGUACCUGGUGAAAUUCUCACGUUGAAAAGUGGUUCUUGGAGAAAAAUAGAUAAACAUCCUCGUCACAUUCAAAGUAUGUUGGAUGGUAUCCAUUCUUUGGCAAUUAUACACGGGGCAUUUCAUUGGGUUGCUAUGUCAAGAAAUACUUGUUUUGUGGUUUCAUUUAAUAUUUCACAUGAAGUGUAUGGAGAUAUCAUACCAUUGCCAGAGAAAAUUUGGUUGUACAACAUUAACGUUGGCGUUUCGGAAUUGGGAGGAAUGCUUUGUGCUUAUUCUAAUGGGUAUUAUCAACGGAAACGCACUUUUAAGUUAUGGAUGAUGAAAGAUUAUGGUCUCAAUGAAUCUUGGAAUGAAGUUUUAUCUAUAGUAGAUCCUGAUAUUAUUAUAGCCUCCUCGAAAUAUAAGUUUGCAAAUGGUGAAGUGUUAAUCUGGUGUGAACAUUUUGAAGGUGAGGAAAAUUCAUAUAGGACACAGAAACGACCGUUUAGUACACUAUUGCCUCGAGGUGUCUUUCAGAAUGGAUUCGCUUUUACGGAGAGCUUGAUCUCUCCAAAAUUACUUAUAACUUAG